AGUUGGUGUUAUCUCUCCAUCAUCUCAGUGUCAAUGUCUGGUUCUGGCAACCCACAACUCUAUAGGCCUCACGAUGUGUUCACUGCUAUGGGUCGUUGCUGGGUAUUGGAAGAUGAGUUUAGCUAUCCAAUCAAUCCAAAUCUGCGAAAUAGUGCUUAUGUUCACAAUACCAUGAGACAGGAGUGGGAUUGGUUAUUUCGUGAACAACAAAUGUUUUAUGAUGAGUUGACUGGUUUUAAGUUGCCAGUGCCUCGGCGACUCGCAUUGCAGAUGCCUAGAGACACGAUUGACGAACUUCGUAAAGUAUUGAACCGCAUAAGAGAAGAAAAUAAUCGAAUGAAGAUACGUCUUAAUCGAUAUCAGACCCAAGUCGAGAUCCGAGAGUCAGUGGAGGGAGGGUGGUACGAGCACGCACAAUUCAUGCAAUCACUUCUUGCUGAUCCCAUUUAUCAGUCAGAUGUGGAGAUGUCAGAUGAAGACUAA